CUGUCUGAGCUGUUUUCUCUGAAGAGUCAUAUAAGAAAUAGUUGCAUUGCUGGAGGAAAGACCAUGACAACUGGGAACCAAAGCCAAAGACUCAGUAUGAUAACUCUGACAGUGUUAGGACUCGUCUGCUUAGCUCUACUCCCCACCACAGAUUCAAAGUCUCUCUGCCCAGCACAAUUGCAUGUUUUGGAAUUGUUUUUAACUGGGAAUAAAGAGAACUUCAUUAAUGCAGUAAGGAAUUUUGCCUCAGAUAAUGAAACAAUAGACACUGCGAGGAAAUUCAAAAGCUGUGUGGACUCGACUCUGAAGCCUCAAGAUCAAAAUGUGACUUUUGGUUUUGUGGUAAGGAGUACCUCUCUGAAGAUGUAUGCUGAAAAACUUUAUAAGCCAAGCUGAUGGACCACCAUGCAAGACCUCUGUGCUCCUUAAACCAUGCUUGUUGACCAUCAUCCAGACUUGCUGACUUUCUUUCACUGAUCCCAGCUUGGGCUCCUGACCAGGCCAUCAUGAUUCUACUACUUUGUGCUGUAGGGAACCCUUUGCCUCUACCCUAAUCAGGUCAUUCCCAGGGACCAGAAUCUUAUGAUAUAUUAAAUUCCAUGCAAUUCAG